AUGGCGACUAAUCUCGCUGAUGCGCUAGCCUCUGCCGACCUGUCCUGGCAGGGCAAUUACACCACGGGAGACAAGCGAUGGAAGCCUAAGCAGCUGCAUAAACACUACCGGCUCAUAAUAUAUCAUCGCGAUGAGAUGAUCGCGUCUCUAUCUACUUGUUGGUCCGUAGCUGUCCCCAAGCAUGUUCACGAACAAGAGUGUGCCCGCCUCGUUGGCGAUAUCUCACAGCAUAUCUCCCUGGUCAGCCAAGUUGGAUCCCAUUCCUCGACUGAGCUUUCCUUUGUUGGCAUAUUCGAUAUAACGUACCGCCCCUUCGGACGAAACCUUAUUAUUAGCGGUCAUGUUAACCCUUUUCGAUGGAUCGUUGGCCCUUUGGCCGCGUCACUUGCUGAUGGAAAUGUGACCAUCAUUACUACCACAACAGAAAAUAAGGGAUUUAUUUCUAUCCUUUCACGUGAAUGGAAUCGCUAUCUGGAUCGGGACAGCAUCUUUCUAACAACGUCCUUUGUAACCUCGGAACUUGAUCUUGACGAAAUCGACAAGGCCACGAUAUACGGUCAGUUCCUCUUGUACCUGAAUAUUUUCCCGAAUGAACCGUCUAUGCUGACAAGAUGGCCACGUAAAGACACCUCAAUCAAUACCUACCUUACUAUACUAUCCAGCCCUAAGGUCCGAUUUGUCGAUACCGCCGAUGUAGGAUUGAAUGCUGUCCUCAUCACCGAGGGCAAAAAGCUCUGGCCACGAAUCAGCAAUGAAAUCAAGCGAGCAUCAGACCUAGAAUUCUCAGAUCGACUGCACGUCGUUUUCGUCAGGGAAGAGGAUGCAAAGCCUCUAGGGGCAUCUGUAAGUCAAUCUGUGACAAUUGUGGCAUUGGGUGAUGUCGUCGGCAAACAAGCAGGAACAGACCUCGAAUCCCGCAUCGAGUCAGUCAAGGACGAGGGGUCCCUCUUGGUUGUGAUAGGAACUUCUCGGGAGGGAUUCACUUAUGCCCUGGUUGGUCUUUCUACCCCGAUCUCCCAGUUAGCCAUCCUUGGGCCCCAAGAAUCCAAAGUCUACGAAUUUGUUAGACGUUGGGUGCCUGCGAGGCUUGUCUCGGUGGGCAGCAUAUGCUCUAUCACGUUGCCUGGUAUGCUACAAAUCUGGCUCUGGAAAAUGAUCCUGCUAACCAGCUCUUUCCUGCACAGAAAUUGA